AUGGUGACAAAGAACUACCAGCACGUCCAAGCCUUGGUGUUUGCUGUGAAAGAAAUCAAUGAAAACCCCAACCUUUUACCCAAUAUCACCCUGGGUUUCCACAUCCUGGAUAACUCUUUUGAUGCAAAGAUGACCUACAAGACCAUGCUGUACAUGGUGUCAACACAGGAUCGAACGGUGGUCAAUUACAAGUGUGGGUCAUCAAACAGGCUGAUAGCCAUCAUUGGGGGCCUUGACUUUGACACCUCCAUCCAGAUGGCAGACAUCUUGCACAUUGUCAGGAUUCCACAGGGACCACCUGUCUCUUCAUGUACAAACCACUGCCUUCCUGGCUAUAGGAGGGAAAUGCUGGAGGGGAAGCCAUUUUGCUGCUACGAUUGUGCACCCUGCCCAGAGGGGAAGAUUUCUGACCAGCUAGACAUGGAUGUCUGUGUCAAUUGUCUCAAAGAUCACUUUCCCAAUAAGGACCAAGACCAAUGCAAGCCUAAGGUUAUAAGCUACCUGUCUUAUGAAGAAGCUUUGGGAACCAGUUCAGCUGUGUUUGCUGUUUCUUUUGCUCUGAUCACAGCCUCAGUGCUAGGGACCUUCGUUAAGCACCGAGAGACUCCCAUAGUUAAGGCCAACAAUCGGAGUCUCACCUACAUUCUUCUUAUUUCUCUCUGUCUUUGCUUCCUCUGCUCUUUGCUAUUCAUCGGGCGGCCUAACAAGGUGAAAUGCCUUCUUCAACAACCUGCCUUUGGUACCGUCUUCUCUGUUGCCCUUUCUUGUGUGCUGGCCAAAACCAUCACGGUGGUCCUAGCUUUCAGGGACACCAAACCAGGAAACAGGAAGAGGAAAUGGUUGAGGGAAAGACUAACCAGUUCCAUUGUUCUUUUAUGCUUCCUUAUGCAAGCUGGGAUUAGUGCUGCGUGGCUGGGAACCUCUCCCCCAUUUUCAGAUUUCAACAUGCACACCAUGGCUGGAGAAAUCAUAGUGGGAUGUAAUGAAGGGUCAGCCACUAUGUUUUGGUGUGUCUUGGGCUACAUGGGUCUCAUUGCCAUUAUCAGUUUCUCUGUAGCCUUUCUAGCCAGAAACUUACCUGAUAGUUUUAAUGAAACCAAGUUUAUUACCUUCAGCCUAUUGGUCUUUUUCAGUGUCUGGCUGUCCUUUGUUCCAGCCUACCUGAGCACAAGAGGAAAGUACAUGGUGGCUGUGGAGAUUUUCGCCAUUUUGGCUUCCAGUGCUGGGUUACUGGGUUGCAUCUUUCCCCCCAAAUGUUACAUUAUUAUCCUGAGACCUGAGUUAAACACGAAGGAGCAGAUAAGGAAAAAACCAUAA